AAAUUUUUUUGAAAAUCUUUACAUCAGAGACCGAGCACAUUUUUAACAGUUUUCUAUUUAUGAUUCAGCUGAGAGUUUCUAAGUUCAAUGAUUCUUUUAUCUGAUUUGCGGAUUUUUUUUUUAAGUUUUGCAGAUUUUUGUAAGUUGAUCUUAAUACUAUUUUAAUUGCAAUAUCUAAAUGUAAAUAUAUUUAAUAUCCUGCAAUUUCUUAGGAGCUGUGCAUUCAAAUUUAGAAUUAGAUUUAAAAGCCCCAUUUAUGUAAAUAAUGAAAUGUAAAAUUUCAGAGAGAAUGGCUGAAAUCAUAAAGGAGGAAUUGGAAAUGAAGAAUAUUGAGAUUAAAGAAGAGAUUUUAGAAGAAAUGCUUCCAUCCUCUACUGUAGAGGAUAUAUGUACUGUUUAUAUAAAGGAGGAAGACAUUAAGGUGGUAAUUUCUCAAACAAACGGUGAAAAAGUAAAUCAGGAAGAGGAUCCCCUGCUAUCUGACUCAAGGAGAAAAAAGAAGAAAAUAGGAGGAGUUAGAUAUCCAUCUGAUAAAUGUGAGUACACUGCUUCUACAGUAGCGCAUCUCAAAGAACAUAUUGAUCAUAAAGGAGUGGGAUAUCCAUGUAAAAAAUGUGAUUACGCUGCGACUCGAGCAUUUGAUCUUAGAAGACAUAUUGAAAGUAAGCAUGGAGGAGUGAGAUAUCCUUGCGAUAAGUGUGGGUACGCUGCAACAACAGCAAGUAAUUUAAGAUAUCAUAUUGAGACUAAACAUAAAGGAGUAAAGUAUCCUUGUGAUGAAUGUGAGUACGCUGCAACGACACCAACUGCUCUUAAAGUUCAUAUAAAGGUUAAACAUGAAGGAUUGAGAUAUCAGUGUGAUAAAUGUGAGUACGCUGCAACUACAACACAUAUUCUUAAGAGACAUAUUGAGAGUAAGCAUGAAGGAAUGCGAUAUCCUUGUGAUAAAUGUGGGUACGCUGCAACUACUGCAAGUAAAUUAAGAUAUCACAUUGAGACUAAACAUGCAGUAGUGAAGUAUCCUUGUGACAAGUGUGAGUACACUGCAACGACACCAAGUGUUCUUAAAAUACAUGUUAAGAGUAAACAUGAAGGAGUGAGAUAUCCUUGCGAUAAAUGUGAGUACGCUGCAACUACGGCAAGUAAUCUAAGAUAUCACAUUGAUAGUAAACAUGAAGGAGUAAGAUAUCCCUGUAAUAUAUGCGAUUACGCUGCAAAACAAGCAAAGAAUCUUGAAUCACAUAUUGCUACAGUACAUGAAAGAAUAAGAAGGCAUCCUUGUAAUAAAUGUGAAUAUGCCACAACUACAGCAUAUCAGUUAAGGAAACACAUAUGGAGUAAACACUAAGUAUACCAAUUGUAAAGUUUGGGUCAAAACCUUUAAAAGAUCACUUCAUAUGUUUAAAACAAGAUUUUUUAUUCACUCAUUCAUUUCACAUAAUAAUGAUCUUUAGAAACUUACUAACAAAUAAUUAGUUGAUAGCUAAACAAACAGUACAAAGUAUAUUCAAAAAAUGUCCAAAAAUAAACAAAUUGUCUUAAUGAUUAAAUUGAAUGAUGGAAUCCUUGAGAUAAAUGUGAAUAUCCUGCAACUUCAACAAGCAUUCUUAGAACACAUACUCGGAUUAAAGUCUGAUUCUUAGAUAUUGAGUGAAAUAUUUGUGUGAUUCAUUUUAAGAUGUGAAUUUGUUGGAAGCAUAUUAUUUUCUGUUCACAUUUCUCAUAUAACAAAGUUUCUAAGUUAUAUCCUUCUAUAUAUAAAUUUGGCUUGUCUGUCUGUCUGUCUGUGUGUAUCCAAUAAACGUCAAAACGGCUGAAC